UUGGCCUUCAAUCUUUAGUAAUGGAUCCAGAGAGAACCUCAGCUUAUUUGGAUUACGCCUAUGCUACAAGUCAAAUUCCUGAUGAGGAGGAGACCCCCUCCCAUGUUCCUUACACAUCUAUCAUUCUUCCCAUCUUUUAUACAGUUGUAUUUCUGACUGGAGUUUUGGGGAACCUUAUCCUCAUGGGGGCGCUGCAUUUCAAACAAGGCAGCCGAAGACUGAUUGACAUCUUUAUCAUCAACCUGGCUGCCUCCGACUUCAUUUUCCUUGUCACACUGCCUCUCUGGGUGGAUAAAGAAGCAUCGUCAGGACUGUGGAGGACGGGCUCUUUCCUGUGCAAGGGCAGCUCCUACAUGAUCUCAGUCAACAUGCACUGCAGUGUCUUCUUGCUCACCUGCAUGAGCGUUGACCGUUACCUGGCCAUCAUGCACCCAGCAGUAUCCCGGAAAUUCAGGACAAGAGACUGUGCGUAUGGAGUCUGUGCCAGCAUCUGGUUUAUCUCCUGCCUCCUGGGAUUGCCUACUCUUCUGUCCAGGGAGCUCACCCUGAUUGAUGAUAAGCCAUACUGUGCCGAAAAGAGAGCCACUGUCAUUAAACUAGCUUGGGCCCUAGUGGCCUUAAUUUUCACCUUUUUUGUCCCCUUGCUGAGCAUUGUCACCUGCUACUGUUGCAUUACAAGGAAAUUGUGUGCCCAUUACCAUCAGUCGGGAAAGCAUAACAGAAAGCUGAGGAAAUCCAUAAAGACCAUCUUGAUUGUAGUGACAGCCUUCACGUGCUCCUGGCUGCCAUUUAAUACUUUCAAGCUCCUGGCCAUUGUCUCUGGAUUACAGCAAGAACACCCUGUUCCCUCAGCUAUUCUGCAGCUGGGCAUGGAGGUGAGUGGACCCCUGGCAUUUACCAAUAGCUGUGUCAACCCUUUUAUUUACUAUAUCUUUGACAGUUAUAUCCGCCGGGCUAUUGUGUACUGCUUCUGUCCCUGCCUGAAGAACUAUGACUUCGGGAGCAGCACUGAGACGUCAGAUAGUCACCUUACUAAGGCUUUCUCCACCUUCAUUCAUACGGAGGAUUUUGCCAGAAGAAGGAAGAGAUCCGUGUCACUCUAAAAGGGGCUACGAAAUUUCAAGCUCUGUU